AUCACUCUUUAAAUCUCUCUCUCACUUACUCUUCUUCAGCUCACAAGGUUUUUGAGAAACAGACAGGCAAAAGCAAACACAGAAAGAGGGAAGAGAGAGAGCUUCACUGUUAAAGAAGAUGUCAAAGGAAGUGAGCGAAGAAGGGCAGAGCCAUGGCAAGGACUACGUGGACCCUCCACCGGCACCACUCCUCGACCUGGCCGAGCUCAAGCUAUGGUCCUUCUACAGAUCCCUCAUAGCCGAGUUCAUCGCCACCCUCCUCUUCCUCUACGUCACCGUUGCCACUGUCAUCGGCCACAAGAAGGCUACCGGACCCUGCGACGGCGUGGGGCUUCUGGGUAUCGCUUGGGCCUUCGGUGGCAUGAUCUUCGUCCUUGUGUACUGCACCGCCGGUAUCUCUGGUGGGCAUAUCAACCCGGCCGUGACGUUCGGGCUGUUCUUGGCCCGGAAGGUGUCGCUGAUUCGUGCUGUGUCGUACAUGGUGGUGCAGUGCUUGGGAGCCAUUUCCGGCGUUGGGUUGGUCAAGGCUUUCAUGAAGCACGACUACAACAGGCUUGGCGGUGGAGCUAACUCUGUUCAGUCAGGGUACAGCACCGGCACCGCCUUGGGUGCUGAGAUCAUCGGUACCUUUGUGCUGGUCUACACCGUUUUCUCAGCCACCGACCCAAAGAGGAGCGCUCGUGACUCUCACGUGCCUGUGUUGGCUCCACUCCCUAUUGGGUUCGCUGUGUUCAUGGUGCACUUGGCCACCAUCCCCAUCACCGGAACUGGUAUCAACCCAGCAAGGAGCUUCGGUGCUGCUGUUAUCUACAACAAUGAAAAAGUCUGGGAUCACCAAUGGAUCUUCUGGGUUGGUCCGUUUGUGGGAGCACUGGCUGCAGCGGCGUACCACCAGUACAUACUGAGAGCAGCGGCGAUCAAGGCUUUGGGAUCCUUCCGCAGCAACCCCACCAACUAAAGAGACAAGACAAAAGCAACCUCAAAACCUGAAUGAAAACUUAUAAUUUCUAAUGUCUCCUUUCUCUUUCGCUCCCCCUAUUUGUUUGUUUGCGUGUAAUAUGAGAGGAUGUUGAUCAUGAUGAUGAUGAUGACCCCCUUUUUCUUUUUUUCCUUGUUUUAUUUAUAAUUUAAUCUUUUAUUGUUAUUAGCAUUGGAUGUGUAUCAUAUUGUUCAUGACUAGUGGUGUUGUUGCUGCUCUUUUUUUAA